AUGGAUCCUGCAGAGGCACCGUCCGUGGGAGGGCGGGGGCCGGCGGGCGGCAGCCUCGCGGCGCAGUUUUCUGCCUGUCUGUGCCCCGUCCGGCGUUCGCAGCAGCGUCCUCUGCUUCCUUUGGCGUCGUCUCUCUCCGCCGCUGAGCGUCCGUCCUCGCCAGUGUCUUUUUUCCACGGAUGCUGCGGCCGGCGCAGCUGUCAUCCAGUGCCACUGCCGCGACACGUGGCGGACGUGCGGCGGCUGCUCGAUAUUCUGUUUUAUGAGCAGCUGCUGUUCAUCGCGGUGUCCGCGUGUUUGGUGACCGCCCAUCUGGGCAUCCUGGUAUACACAUGCACCUUCGAAAAGCCGCUGCAGGAGGACGCGCCGUUUUUGCCGAUUCUUGCCGUCAUGUUGGCGCUCAGCCUCGCGACGCUCGCCUGCCGAGUCCGCUUCAUUCUGUCCGUGCGCGCGCUUCAGAAUGCGUGGUGGCAUCGGUCGGUCUUGAAAGACACAAUUCGCAUUUUGACUUCGCCGCUGUGCCAGACGCGGCGCCUGCUGUUUGUCGUCUCGUUCUGCGUCUACUUCGCGACGCUCCACAUGUCCUACUACCACGGCGGGACGGCGAACGCGUCUGUCACGCAGGCGCCCGUUCUGCUGCGCUACGUCUCGAUUCUGGUGCUCGCCUUCCUCUCCCUCCUCGGGCCGCACAUCCUGCUGCUCGCCUGCGUGUGCACCACCUUCUUCAUGUGCCUCUGCUCCCCUCCUGAGCACUUUGAGCAGAUGCUCGUGGAGGAACCGCGCGGCGGCCGCGCGCUGCCGAAAAAGAUCCUGCAGCGAAUGAAGGAGGAAAAGUGGGUCCCCUCCUCCGCGUACUGGCCCUCCGCGGCCAGCGCGGUGACCUGCGAGCCCGCCGAGCGAACCGACACAGGCCUCGACGACGAGCCUGCCGACGGCGCUGGCCUAGAGGGACACGCGGAUCCCAAGAGCGCCGGAAAAACACGCGGCGGAACCAUAAAGAAAAGACGGCUACUCCCCAAGCGAUUCACGCGGAAACAAAAAGGCUCGCGACCCGUCGCGGCUGUGGCCGGCGGACGCGACAGAACAUCUGGCGUCGAUGAUGCGAACAUAUGUGCGAUCUGCCUCUGCGAGUUCCAGGAGAACGAUCUGAUUCGUCGGCUGCCAUGUCAGCACUUCUUCCACAGCGCGUGCAUCGCGCGUUGGCUGCGGAGCCAUGCGAGCUGUCCGCUGCGUUGCCACGUAAACUUCUUCACAGGCACCGUCUACAGUGCGCCUCUGUCUGACGACGAGGCGACCUCGCGGCGCGCCGAGCGACCCCGAAGAGACAGCGGCUUUCGCCGCGCCCUCCCGUCCGGGAGAGCGCAGGCCGCGCGGUCUCCGCAGGAGGAGGAAGGCAGUCGACGGCGGCGGAGGCGCAGAAGGAGUCGCGGGGCCCUCGCUCCGGCCCUAGCAGCCGCGGCGAGGGAUGUCGAAGAGAGAGACUCUCAAGGCGGCCUACCGCCGACUCAGGCGGAGGUGCGCGGCGCGAGUUGCGCAGAAGAAGACGGCAGGGAAGGAGGGGCACGCGAAGCAGAAGGGGAAGCAGGGCAGACAGCAAAGACCGCACCGGCGGCCGGCGAACUGGCAUCCGACGACGCGGCCGGCGAACUGGCAUCCGACGACGCGGCGGGCGCGGCCCCAAGCGCCGGAUGCGGCACGUCACCAGCUCCGCGCCUCUAUCGCGUGUGA